AUGAACAACUUGAAAGUGUUCGGACGACUCCAAAUCGCAAAAAGAAGCUAUUCCCCGCUUCCAGUCGACCCAUUAUUACGGUUUAAAACUAUUAGUCAAACACAAAAAGCUCCAAAAGUUUUAAUAACUGGAUCUCUCGGACAACUCGGUAGAGGACUCAACUCAGUCUACAAAUAUAUGUAUGGAUCAGAAUGCGUGGUGAUGAGUGAUAUCGUCAGACUUCCUGCAAAUGCCACAGAUGUUUCUGAUUACAACUAUCUGGAUAUCUUGAAUCAAUCAUCAAUCGAAGAAAUCGUUGUCAACAGAAAUAUUGAUACAAUCGUUCACUUCUCAGCACUUUUAUCAGCAGUUGGAGAGCAGAAUGUCCCAUUGGCUUUGCAAGUGAAUUGCAGAGGAGUUGAGAAUAUUCUUCAAGUUGCAGCAAAACACAAACUCCGAGUCUUUAUCCCAUCCACAAUCGGAGCAUUCGGUCCAACGACUCCCAGGGAAAACACACCAGAUCUCACAGUACAGUGCCCCACAACUAUUUAUGGAGUCAGUAAAGUAUAUGCUGAACGACUCGGAGAAUACUUCAAUCACAGAUUCGGAGUUGACUUCAGAAGUAUGAGAUUCCCGGGUAUUAUCUCUGCAACGAAGCCAGGUGGUGGAACUACUGACUACGCAAUUCAAAUCUUCUACGAUGCACUCCAAAAAGGAAAACACACUUGCUACCUGCGACCAGACACUCGUUUACCAAUGAUGUACGACACCGAUUGUAUGGCUUCAAUCAUUCAGUUAUUGUCUGCUGAAAGCGAAACAUUGAAGAGAAGAACGUACAAUGUAACUGGAUUUUCAUUCACACCAGAGGAAAUUGCUGAUGCAAUUCGACGAGUGAUACCAAGUUUCGAGAUUGAUUACGAUAUCUGUCCAAUAAGACAAGCUAUUGCUGACUCAUGGCCAAUGUCAUUGGACGACAGUGAAGCACGCAAAGAUUGGGGAUGGAAUCCAGAGUACGGACUCGAAGAAACAGUUCAAGUCAUGUUCGCAUUGCUGAGAAGAGAAGAAGAUAAACCGACAAAGAUAGUCUCGACUGCAUGA